AUGAAGUACUUUUAUGAUGUAAUCCAACAGUUGAAAACUGUUGGAUACGAAGAAAACAAAGACAUCUUUGGACUUGGGUACGAUUUUCGAAAAGGUGAAUUACAAGUCAACAACUUUGCUGAAAUGUCACGAGACGCCAUUUUGAAAUCUUAUAACAGUAGCCAAAAGAAAGUAAUUAUUAUUACUCACAGUUUUGGAGGUAAUAUGAUAUUCAAUUUAAUGAAGUAUUUUGGCGAUGAAUUUUGUAAGAAAUAUAUCGGGAAGGUAAUAACUGUAAGUGCUCCAUUAACAGGAGCACCACUAGCUUUAAGGGCUUUAAUAACUGGUCUUUCAGAGGUUGUUCAAUUUCCGGAGAAAUACCUUGGAUCAAUAGAAAGGGCAAUGCUCAGUGUAUUCAAGUUGACCCCAAACAAAAAUUGGUUAGAUUCUGUUGUGUUUUACAAUAACAGUCUCUACAAGCCAACAGAUAUGAUAGAAGUAUUAAACAAAGUUGAAGAGUUGAAAGAAUAUGGUACAUAUGUUUAUCAAAAAGAAAUAAUAGAAAAAGAAGAACCAACUAAAAUGCCAGGAGAAGUCUACUGGACGUGUAUUUAUGGUUCAAAAAAGAAGACUGAAGUAUUUUACAAUUACACUUCAAAUUUGAAAAAGGAUCCUAUAAUCACUUAUGGUCCGGGUGAUGGCAUUGUCCCACUUCAAUCACUCAACUUUUGCAGACAAAUGCAGGCCUCAAAGGAGUAUGAUUUAGGGGACUAUGAACAUACGGGUAUAUUAAAAUCCACAGCUUUCAAAGACUUGUUAUUAAAAGAAAUUAUAAUAGACAAUUGA